AUGAAUUCGAAUGGAGAACCUACGACAAAUAAAGUAUUAGAUUCUUGUGGUGAUAGUGGUUAUACAGCUGAAGAAUAUAAUCCAAGUCUUCAUAUCACUUCAUUCUUUAUAAUUCUUAUAACAAGUUCAUUAGGUGCCUUUAUUCCAGUUAUCGCCACUAGAAGCAAAAUUGGUUUAUUUUUUGUUAAUCCAUGUGUUAGCCGUAAAUCAUUUCGGUACUGGUGUUAUUCUGCAACCGCUUCUAUUCACAUAAGUAAUGACCAAAGAAAAAAAUCUUUGAUUCGAAUUAUGAUGCUUUCUAUGGCAUUUGAAGUAUUAAGUGAAGACUAUCUUCCAGAAAUGUCAACUAAUCUUCAAACUCAUAACACUUAUAAUGAUGACAGUAAAAUACAAAAUACUGAAAAUUUUACUUUGACCAGUUUUAACUUUGAAAGACCCUUUGAAGAAGACAACGAAAAUGUAAUCUCUAAAUUACUUCAACGUGUGAAAACUUCGUUUAGUAUUCCUGGUGGUAAUUCAACAACAAUUUAUGCAUCUACACAAGUUCUACCCAAAAAUACUACUGACAUCACAAGUAACUCUACUAUUACUAUUAACAACUGCAACAACAAUAGUAAUAGUAAUACGAAUUCUACUAAUGCAAACAAUACAAUUAAUGGAACUCAAGAAAAUAACAACAGUUCACCAACUAAACCUUCUGUGACUUCGCUUUUAUUACCUGAUAAGGAAAAAAAAGGUUUUGUUCAAGGCGUAACACUCGCACCACCUGUUAUAUCUUUCGAAGCUGCAUUAUUUGACAAUGCCCCGGUGCUUUUAUUAGAGUCAGAACCUAUGACACAAGAUUAUUCAACAAAGUAUGGCAAUUUAAACGAUUCUACCAAUUUAAUAUCUGAAAAGGCCAACGGUGUUCAACAUCUCACAACUACAUUAUUUGAUCAACAAUAUCAAGUCAGAUAUUUGAAUGAUGCAUUUGAUUCAAGAGUAGUAAAACCAUUUCAAAUUAAUUCAUCAUCUGUUAUCAAAAAAAACUCGGUCAGUAAAGCUAUUCGCAGAAUACGCGGGGAGGGUGUCAAUAGAGUUUAUUGGAUGGCUGAUGAUACUUGUAAAGAAUGUUAUGAUUGUCAAAUAUUUUGUUACAAAUGCUCCUCCAAUAUAAUAUCUGGCGCAAGAUUUAAUCAUAAUGGAUCAAUAAGGGUUUGUAAUUAUUGCCAUGAUGAAUAUUCUGAUUUUGAAUCAGAUAUAAGGCAAAAUGACAUCUCACUUAUGAUCCCUCAAAGGCAACUUCAAUUAGCAAUGUUUUCAGACAACUAUAAUGUCAUUAGUCCUAAUUCACAACCGGAAUUUUCUUAUUCAUUGGCACCUCCAACACCUGGUCUUGUGAAUCAAAGAGCUCCAUCUCCUGAUACAAUUUCAAUUAACGAUGGUAUCAAAAAAAUGUUGGUGGUUGGUUCCUCAUUAUUUAUGACAAGAUCUAGAUCAAAUACAGCCGCAGAUGACAGUAAUACAUUUUUAUCAUCGUCACCUGCACCAUUUAGACAUAGCCUACCGGAAGAAGAUAAAGUAACUCCUGCUGCAAAUGCUGAGGCUGUCUUAGAUCCUGAAAUCGCCCCAUUCAUGAGCAAUGAUGAUGAUUGUAACGUUAAUUAUGAUUCACUAACCAACCAAUCUUAUCUUUCUGCUAUUUCGUAUCUUAAUAAUGAUUCUGCUACUCCAACACCUGUUGCCUCAGAAUAUGCUGGAAGUGAUGAUGAAUCUUCCGAUUAUAACAAAUUACAAGCAAAGAAUUUGCAAAAACCUCAAAGAAAUGAAGAUAAUAGAGCCAUUUAUCCAAAAGAUAAAAAUUAUUCUAAUCAUAGAAGAAGCAUUUCUAAUGCUCGUCCAACUCGUCCCAUGAAAAGAGGUGUCUAUAUUAAGCAAAUUAACACAAACGUCAUGGAUUUCUCACAGAUGGAACCAAGACCAUCCUCGCCUCUUAACAUCCGUCAUAACAAGUCACCCUCAGUUCCUGUAAAACUUGAAGUGAAUCCUAUUUCUCUGCAACACAUGAGACAAUUUUUACGUCAACUUCUUCAAGAAUCUCAGAUAGAUUUAUCUGGAGGAUGGGAAGAUGUCAUAAUGAAAUUAGUGAUGAAGGUGGCUGAUAAUUUAAAUCCAAAUGUUCGUAAUGGUGAUGAAAUUGAUAUUCGUCAUUAUGUUAAAAUUAAAAAAAUUCCUGGGGGAGCACCUCAAGACUCUGAAUAUGUACAUGGAAUUGUCUGCACAAAAAAUUUAGCACAUAAAAAGAUGCCCCGUUUUCUUGUGAGUCCUCGGGUGCUCAUAUUAACUUUUGCCUUGGAGUAUCACAGGGUAGAAAAUCAAUUAAUGUCUUUAGAUCCCGUAAUUGCUCAGGAGGAGGAACAUUUAAAAAAUUUAGUUGCUCGUAUUUCCGCAUUAGCACCUCAUUUGGUCCUAGUUGAAAAAACUGUUGCUAGAAAAGCUUUACAGUUUUUAUUAGAGAAAAAUAUAUCCGUUGCGUUAAAUGUUAAAUCGUCUGUUAUAGAGGCUGUUGCUCGUUGUUCAAGAGCAGACAUUAUAUCAAUUGAAAAGUUGACUUCGGAGCCAAAAUUAGGGAAAUGUGGAUCAUUCUCUGUUAAAACUUUUGUUCAUCAACUUAUUCCAGGUAGAAGAAAAACUUAUCUAUAUUUUGAAAAUUGUCCGAGAGAGCUAGGUUGUACAAUAGUGUUGCGAGGUGGUGAUAUAAAUACAUUGAAAAAGAUCAAACAAAUUACUGAUCUUAUGGUUUUUGUGGUUUACAACCUUAAAUUGGAAACAGCUUUGUUGUUAAAGCAAUUCGCAAGAUUAAAUUACGAUCUAAAUUUGGUUGAUAGAAAAAAUGAUGACGAAGAUUGUAAAAGUAAAAGCCUUGGUAUUUCAAAGCAGACACAGGAUAUUGUAAGACCAUAUGAAACUAGAAUUCUUUCAGUGUCACCAUUUAUCAAAUUUCCUCCUCCUUAUUUGCUUACAAAAAUGAUACAAGCUGAGCGUAAAUUAGCAGAAUUAAAUCAGAAACAUGUUUCAGGAUGGCAAACUGGUUCUUUAAAAGAUAGUGAGAAAUCACAUCCGUCACAAUCGAGCUCAGUUACUGGAUUAUCUGGUAUUCUACGUACUCCAGAACAGGUCUGUGCCGAAGGGGAGUAUAAUGAUGCAUAUGAUGAAUAUGAUUAUCAGGCUAAAGCAUGGAAAAGUCAUACAUUUAAUAAUAUUGUUAGUCCUUAUGCCUUUCAAAAUAUCACGAUAUUAUAUACAAAAUUUUCUGAAGAAACUCAUAAACCAUGUAUAAGACCUGAAAUUUUGGUUAUGGAGUAUUACGGAGAAUCUGAUCGCACAAUUGGCCAAUAUAUUGAAGACUUGAUUACUAACUCUACUAGUAUUUGUCAAAAUUGUUAUAAGCCAAUGUUCUUACAUUAUCAAAGUUUUUGUCAUGGAAAUUCUAGAAUUACUGUGCAUCUUAUGGAAUAUAAAAAUUUAGGGCAUCAUGAUGUACACGAAUUUGAAAAUUGUAUUUUAACAUGGAGUUACUGCAAAAAAUGUGAAAAACCAACUCCGGUCAAAAAAAUGUCAGACGAUGCAUGGAAGUACUCAUUUGGAAAAUAUCUUGAACUGUCGUUUUAUCAAACAGAAUUGGAAAGUUGCAAUGAAAAUUGCCAACAUGAUGUAUUCAAGGAUCAAGAAAAAUGCUUUGCAUUUAAUAAUCUUGCAAUAAAAUUUGAAUAUGAAGCUAUCAAGCUAAUGGAAGUACACGCACCACCUAAGCACCUAUACUAUAAGCCUGAAGUUCAUAUUCGACUAAAAAAUCAAGAUUUAGAUACAAUUCGCAAUAAGAUUACAAGUUAUUGGGAUUCUGUAGCUGAUCGAAUCAAAAACUUUAACUAUGAUUUUGUUGAACUCGAUAAAAUCGAAUGUUGUAAGCAAGAAUUAUUAGAAAUGUCUAGAAGAGUUGUGACUGAAAGGCGAUACAUGUUACAAAAGCUUCAACAGACAUAUGUGAACAGCGCACCCGAGGACACAUUGGAAUUAAAUAAUGUAAUGUAUGUGCUCCAGGAGAAAGUGACAGCUUGGGAUAAAUAUUUCGAUGAAAUUGCAAAACAAUAUUUUCCUCGAUUAACGACAAAACAAUUAAAAAGAUUUUUUGAGGUCAAACAAUAUGUUAUGCCAUUGGGACAUGGUUAUCCUGGCUCACUUUUAAAUGACCUACCGUUGAUAAAUAUGGAUCCUGAUGAUACUGACAGAGUGGAUGAAGAAUUGUUGGGACCUACGAUAUUUCCAAAAUUAAGUGGUUCACCCACUAGAGGAUUAUUAUUGAACGAGACAAAGGAUAUUGAAUUGUACCAUGAAGAUGAAAUUGAAAACUUGGAAAAUGAUAUCGAAAAAGCCAAUUCGCAAGUUUCAAUGUUCCCAUUCAUGGAUCCUAAAAUCUCAAGACGUUUGUCAAUGAAAUGGAUGAAAGAAUCUAAAACCUUUCAAUCGCCAAUAAAAUCAAACAAUGCAUCUGAAUCGAUUUUCACAUUAAUAGCUGACCAACAAGAAGAUUCACAAGCUGAGGUUGAGUUUACGCAAGAGCCAGAAGUAAUUCCAAGAUUGAUCCCUUCAACAAUAAAAAAGCAACCAAGAAAUCUAUUCUCAUCUUAUAUCAAUUUCACUAUUCGAAUAUCACUUAUUGAUGAUAAAGAAACCAAAAAAGUUCAACUUGAUCGUUUUGCACAAAAAAGAUCAUCCCUAAAAAAAAUUCAACCCUUAGAAUUAAAAGGCGCACAAAAUAAUAACAAUCAUAAUAAGAUGGGUGCAUUACAUAAACCCAGGCACCGAAGACCAACUAUCUUAACAUCAAAGCCUACAAUUGAGAUAUUCCGCAAUGUUAGUACGGCAACAGCUGAAGAAUCGGAUGAAGAUUUUGAGGAGGUAGAUGAUAAUUAUGAAAAAAAUUUAGAGGACAAAUAUCAAAUUUUUUCAUUGAAUAGUACAGAUGCUUUUGAUGAGUCAUUGGGAAAUGAAGAAAUUUUUGCAGCGCGUACUCAUGAAACAUCUGCUGGAUCAUUCGUCCAUCAUUCAGCUUUGACAUUUUUAGGUCCAGAUUUCAAUGAGCCUACUUCAGGAGAUCAUCAAAAUCUUAAUAACAACAGUUCUGGAGUAGUAAUGCCUCUGAUGAGAUCUCUCACAAACCUUUUAACUGAUAGGAAAGCCUUUAAACCUUUAAAAUAUCCUUUAAAUCCAACAGAGCAUGUAUUUCCCAAUUCCCAAAUUAUUGUGAGGGAGGAUGAACCUGGAUCUAUCAUUGCAUUUGCUUUAAAUUCACAAGAAUAUCUUGAAAAAUUAAAGAAUGUGCGGUCAAUAAAUCAAACAUUUAUAACAGAAGAUGAUAAAUUUGGUAGUAAAGGUUCAAGUUGGGGAAUUUUAAAUGUUGAUGAGGGUGCUAAUUUUGACGAUGAUUUAAUUUCACAUAUGAAAUGUCAAUUAAAGGAUGGGUCUACGCAAUUUUUUUGUAAAAUAUUUUGUGCAGAACAAUUUGAUAAUUUACGUCGAAAAUGUAAUUGUGAAAGCACAUAUAUACAAUCACUCGCACGAUGUGUUAAAUGGGACUCGUCAGGUGGUAAAUCAGGGUCUGCUUUCUUAAAGACAAGAGAUGAUCGAUUGGUUAUGAAACAAAUGUCUCGUAAUGAGAUGGACGCUUUCUUGAAAUUUGCUCCAAAAUAUUUUGAACACAUGUCGAAUGCUUUAGACAAUGAGUCAACCGUUUUGUCAAAGAUAUUUGGUUUUUAUCGCGUUGGUUAUAAAAAUGAACAUACAGGGAAAAGCAUGAAAAUUGAUCUUAUUGUAAUGGAAAACUUAUUUUAUGAACGUAAAGUUUCAAAGAUUUUUGAUUUAAAAGGUUCAAUUAGAAACCGGCAUGUUCAAUGCACUGGAAAGGAAAAUGAAGUUUUAUUGGAUGAAAAUUUACUUGAACUCAUUGUAAAUGAAAAUCCUAUAUAUCUUCGAGAACAUGCUAAAGAUUUACUUCGUAAAUCACUUGAUAAUGAUACAACAUUUUUAGCGGAUCAUAAUGUUAUGGACUAUUCACUAUUGGUCGGUUUUGAUGAUGAUAAACAGGAAUUGGUUGUUGGAAUAGUUGAUUUUAUAAGAACAUUUACAUGGGACAAGAAAUUAGAAAGUUGGGUGAAAGAAGCAGGAUUUUUGGGCGGAGGUGGUAAAGAACCAACUAUUAUUUCACCCAAACAAUAUGAAAAUAGAUUUAAAGAAGCAAUGGAAAGAUAUUUUCUUAUGGUACCUGAUAGAUGGAUUAAUUAUAGAACACAUCAAAGAUUUGAUAUAAAUCUUAUCUAUAAAUAG